AUGAGCUUCACGACAAAGCGACUUCACGCUGAUGGAAGCUUGAUUCCUGCGGAACAAAGGGAACGUGUCUUACAGAAAGUUCGUCUGCGGGCAGAUGGCAUGUUCGUGUGGGCCAAAGCAUUGCUGCAGUACCUCGACGAGCUUCUCUCUCCGGAAGAAUUUCAGUCACGCCUCGGCACACUUCCAAGCAACUUGUCAGACGUAUACGACGAACUGAUUCGAGUCACCGACAACAAGUUUCCUCUCGAGACCGCAAAUUCCCGGCGUUGUAUUUUUGUCGUUAUGCUUGAAGCUCGGGUUCCACUUGACAUUGAGGAUGUUGCAAGAAUACUGGAGGUUGCAAGCGACUCAAUCGAACAGUUCAUAACCUAUCGCUGCCAGCCUUUCAUCGAGUUGGACGACGGCAAACUAAAGUUCAUGCACAGCUCGGUCCGUGACUACUGCCUCCAAAGCAGUGAGACUCUCAGCCGGCACGUCCUCGGAACACGAGCGCUUGUCUCUAUCACCUCUUUUGAAUCACACAGCAAGCUGGCGGAACAGUGCUUUUUGUGUCUGCUCGACGCUGGAUAUGGGUCCGAGGAUAAAAUUGGAGGACUGCUGCACCGCAACAUCAAGUCUACAACAGGCGGGUCGGCACUACAGGUACUGAAUACGCAGUGGACCGUUCAACCUCCCUCCAAAGGAGUCUCCUUUGAAUAUGCGCAAAAGAACUGGGCAUUUCACCUUACAGCCGUCGACGAUCCUGAAUACGGACUGCUGGAGCUUGCGCAACUUUUCUUGCACGUGUCAAAUUUUGCCUACUGGGCCGAAUACACACUUUUGGAGAGUAGAAACGACUACAAUCACAUUCGACGCACGAACUUACAGCUGAAGGAAUGGUACAGAGCCCUUCCUACGCCCAAGCGGAAUCAAAUCUCGGUUGAGGACUAUUUGAUAUAUCCUUACACAACGCUCAGCGAGACUUACAAGCGGCGUCAAGGACAAGACAAGCUCUUGCAGUGGCUUGCCUUGUUGCAAAAUAUCAGGUUUCAACGAGACAUUGGCCAAACUCUGAAAGCCAGUCCUCUACUUGCUCAAGCAGUCGAAGGGCUGGAGAAUGACCUCGGCUCUGAAGCUCCUCUGACUCUUCGAGUGAGAUCCGACAACGCGACUGUACUAUUGGAGCUUGAAGCUCCAGACAAAGCCUACUCGGAGCUUAGAGCUCUCACUGAGAUCCAAGAGAGAUUGCUCGGAGAAGACGAACCAACGCUAUUCAGGACCCUCAACUCUAGAGGCUCUGCUGAAUUACAGUUGGUUCGCUUCAAUCAAAGUGCAAAAACGCAGGAAACCGCUUGUGUAGGUUUUCGGAGACUAUUUGGCGCUCAAGAUCCUCGCUACCUGGGCAGUCGCAUUUUAUACGCGCUUGCUCUUGUCCAGCUGAACCAACUGGAUACGGCGCUCGAAAUUUUGACUGCCGUAUUCGAUUAUCGAAGAAAACAGUAUGGUGACAAAGAUCUCUUCACCUCAAUGGCACAGUUUCCCAUGGGAGACAUACAGCGUAUCCAGGGCAAACGAGAGCAAAGCCUCAAGAAUUUGAAAGAGGCUCUCAAUUUGCGACUCUUGGCUGUCCCAUACGACAGCAUAUGGGCCUUGGACAUCCGCAUAUCGCUUUUGGUGGCUUACCGGGACUUCGGCAUGCUCUCGGAGGCUCGAAAAGCGGUUGAGCAACUUGAACAAGAGGGGACGCUGCAGAACAACUUCGACAGGCACUGCCAAGUCGUCCAUCUCAAAGCUUUACUGCUGGCAGAUCGUGGCUAUAUAUCACAAGCCAUUCUUCAGUUGGAACAGUUAUUCUAUGAAACCGAACGUCGGAACUUCACGAGGUCUUUCAUGUGGGUUAUUCUUGAUCUUGCCACGCUGUUACGAAGCCAUAACCCACGCGAGGGUGGAAAGAUUGCGGAAGUGUUGUUCGAUCAUAUCCUGGUUGAUCAAUCACCUGACGAGAGACUCGAGGAAUCCCAAUCGAGCGCGCAGAAUGUGCUCAAAACUCCAAAAAUUGACAAGGAUCUAGCUUUGGAUACCAAUGUUGAGGAAGGGAGAGAAAGAGUCAUAGUCUUUGAUGAUCUGGAUCCAGAUCCACCUCGACUAUUGCAGCUUGCGGAAAGGGCACUGAAUCUGACCAGACAGCACCAACAUGAAGCUGUCAACCAGCUUCUGCAAGAGGAGCAUGUAGCCUGGUAUCGACCUCAGGAUCUCUGGGUCAAGUUCGGUGGGCCGCCAUCCGAUACAUCUUUGAUGAAAGCGCCUAUUGCGAAGUAGGAUUUGGCUCGUAAUACGUAGCGGUUCAUUUGAUGAAUAAGUCGAGGGAAAAUUGAACUAAACAAGGUAGGUAGUUAUUUCAUAGUCUGGAGGCAGGUUUUACAGGGAAUCGAAACAACGAUGGUGUCUUCUUUCCACCACAUGUUAUUUUCGUUAUGCCCGUCGGUCGCCGGAUUAAACACUGAGAUCGAGCUGUAGGGGGAACAGGGACACGUGCAAUGGUGACAUCCGGUAGUCCAAUAUACCGCAUCUCAUUCCA